UUAUAACUACCUUCUCUUUCAAAAUUUGAAUCAUUCUUAUUUCUGAUCAGAAAGAAAAAUCGCAGAGUGAAAAAUAGGAGAGAGAAAGUAUCGAAGUUGAUUGAGAGGAGCCGUUUCUUGCGAAGCAAGCAUUCAUUGUAGUUCUUAUUCCCCGAGAACAAAAACGAAGAUCUUCGUUCCGAUCUUCACAAAACCGUACACUGGUUUCAUCACUCUCUUCUCCGCAAAAAUAUGAAUGAUCUGAUGACGAAGUCGUUUCUAAGUUAUGUGGAACUCAAGAAACAAGCCAAGAUCGAUACGGAAUCAGAGCGCGACGUCGAGAAAGGCGAACUCAACGAAGAAGCCCUUUCCGCUUUCUUCGCAGAGACCGAAUCAAUCAAAACCCUAAUCGAAGAGAUCACUCAUCUCUUGCUCGAACUACAGAACCUAAACGAAGAGACCAAGUCCACGCACAGCGCCAAGAUCCUCCGAGGACUGAGAGACAGGAUGGAAUCCAACAUCGUCGCCGUGUCUCGCAAGGCGAACACGGCCAAAGCCCUAAUCGACGCCGUCGAGACCGCGAAUCGUAGGAACGGAUCUUGCGCGGACAGGACGCGUGUCUCGAUCACUAACGGUGUUAGGGCGAAGCUGAGAGAGACGAUGGGGGAGUUUCAUCGGCUGAGGGAGAUGGUCUUUGCUGACUACAGAGAAGAUCUCAAGAGGAAGUACUUUUUAGCGACUGGUGAUGAACCGAGUAACGAGGACGUGGAGAAGAUGAUAUCUGGAGGGCUUGUGAAGACGUUCGAAGUGAAAGCAGAGAUGGAUUUGGAGAUGAAAGAGAGACAUGAAGCUGUGAAUGAGAUCAAGAGGAGUCUUAACAGGCUUCACCAAGUGUUUCUCGACAUGGCUGUUCUUGUUGAGACGCAAGGAGAUGGGGUUGAUGAUAUUGAAGCUAACGUGGCUGUUGCUGGGAGCUUUGUGAGUGGAGGAACUAACAGCUUGUUCUAUGCGAAUCAGAUGAAGAAGAAGAACAAGAAAUGGGUUGUUUGGGGUUCGGUUUUGGGGGUGAUUAUUCUUCUUGUGUGUUUGAUCGCCAUGCUUGCUUCUCGUUGAAGUGUGUUUCUGAUUCCUUGUUUUGGUGGAGAUUUGUUGUUACUUUUGAUUAGUCUCGAUGGAAGCUAGUUGGGUACUUUUUAUCAAGUGUAGUAGAUCGUCUCUUGAUUUUGUAUCAGUAAACAUUCAGGUUUCGUUUGAUGAAUCUGUAUCUACUAUUCGUCUUUUGUAACCAAAAUGGAAAUGUCAUACACCAAAGUUAUGAAGAGGAAACAUGAUCUAUAUUGUUAUGACUUUGUUUCAUUCGAGUAGUACUUGUAUGAGUGGAGAUAAAAAUUAUAUUUAAUUGACUACAAGAUAUU